AUGGCUGCCUCUUCUAUUGCUUCUGCCGCCCACGCCUCUCAAAUAGAUCUCGACCUCAAUACCCGGGAAGGCACAAUCCAACGUUUCUACAGAUUCGCAAAGAAAGAAGCCACGUUUUUCCGUGUUCACCUCCUCGCGUUUGCCAUUGUCCCCCUCGUCUUCUCUGGUAUCUUCUAUGCUUGCAACGGACGGUUUCCAGUCAGUUAUUUGGACUCUUUGUUCCUAUGCUACUCGGCGAUGACCGUCACUGGUCUUUCGACGAUCAACUUAUCUACAACGACCGCAAUGCAGCAGGCCCUGCUCUUCUUCUUGAUGAUGAUUGGUGACAUAACGAUGGUCUCGUGGGUCAUGGUACUCGUCCGAAAGCACUACUUCCGUACCCAUUGCGAAUACGUUGCUUCUCUGCGUCUGCGCCCUCCGACGCGCCGUGGCGCAUUACUAUCCCUGCAGCGCAUGCGCACGAUGCUCCCGAACUCAAUAUCAUCGCCGAAGGUUACCCAGGCUGAUGCAGAGAAGGAGAUCACCGACUCUCCAUUCUCUAUCGGCAAUCCAACUGGUCUCCCCAACGCCACGGAUGUCGUGAUCUUAACAGAACCCACACCCCGCCCGACGGGGCUGACUUCCUUCGGGUUCGGCAACGUCAGUUAUGAGGGCGAGCGUCACAGCGCGGACAUUGACCGAAUCAUGAGCGAUGACGCGCGAACGUUCACGAGCUCGCCGAAAGCAGCCAGCGUCGCCCUCUCCCCUCCUUCCCCUACCUCUCCCACAAGCCCCGAUGACCCUGGUUUCCCGCGAACAAUUUCAUUCUCAUCGGCGGUCAGACCUGGUCUACCCCAUAGCGGGUCGCGGGACAUGCCUCGUAGAGGAAUGACGAUGCUCACCCCGAAUCACCACGUAUCCCCGCCUUCGGACGAUCCCAGCCCGGUCAACCUCGCGCAGAUGGCGUUGCAACGUAUGGCUCCGACGGCGUACAGGAAGCUCCAGCGCUCGCUCACAUUGCCCUACACGACGACGCUAAACGGCAGCCCUGCGCCCAUCGUCUCCAGCCCCAUCGUCUCCAGCCCCAUCGUCUCCAGCCCUCUCGCCCGGCACUCACCUCUCAAUGGUGAAUUAAUAAGGGAGGACGAGACGCCAAUGGAGAAGUUCAUAGCGGAUAUCAACACGAAGCUGGUGACGUGGCUGAGCUUCCCGCUGAAAGUCGGCAGGAACUCGUACUUCCGGGUGGACGAGCUGACGGACGACCAGGUGGAGGAGAUCGGGGGCGCUGAGUAUAGGGCGCUGAGGGUGCUGAGCUACUUGGUUCCUUGUUAUUUCGUGCUCACACAGGUGUUCGCGUACAUCCUCUUCGUGCCGUGGAUCUCCGUGACGCACACCUACGACGGUGUCUUCGAGGCGCAGCCACGAACCAUACAGAAGCCUUGGUUCGGUCUUUUCCAAGUGAUGGGCGCAUAUACCGGCGGCGGUCUUUCGUUGGUGGAUAUGGGCAUGGUGCCAUUCCAGUCAGCGUAUCUCAUGAUAUUUGCCUUGAUGUUCGUUAUCCUUGCGGGUAAUCACGCAUUGGUCAGUGCACCCCUUCCCCACUAUCCAUGGAUCGGCUAUAAAAUCACGCCCAUCACAUCGGAAACGCACAAGGCUAUGGAGUUCCUUAUCGACCAUCCUCGGAGAUGCUUUAUCUAUCUAUUCCCUAGUCACCAAACGUGGUUCCUUCUCAUCUGUCUCGUGGCUUUCAGUGCCGUGGAAUGGGCCGCAUUCGAAGUUCUGAACAUCGGCCUACCUGCGUUCGAAACGAUCUCGCAAGGCCCGCGCGUUCUGGCGGGUCUUUUUCAAGGACUUGCCGCCCGCGCGUCAGGUUUCUCCAUUGUGCCGGUUGCAAACUUGGCGCCUGCUAUUCAAUUCUUGUAUGCAGUGAUGAUGUAUAUCGCUGUGGCCAUGAGCAUACACGCUACGAACGUUUACGAGGAGAGGUCCCUAGGCGUGUUCGAAGCCCCGCCGCCGGACGAGGACGAAGAACCAGGCGAUCUGGAGAAUUUGCCAUCUCGCGAGCGCGUGGGCAAGUACCUCGACUGGCACCUGCGCAGGCAGAUCUCCAACGAUAUAUGGUGGCUCGUCUGGGCCGUCUUGGCUAUCGCGGUCAUCGAGCGGCGCAAUCUAAUGGAUGAGGAUAAGAAGUGGUUCGAUCUGUUUAGGGUGCUCUUCGAGUUGGUGUCGGCGUUUGGUGGGAUUGGGCUGACGUUGGGUGUACCAUAUGACAACUUCUCGUUCUGCGGAGCGAUGCGGCCGCUGUCGAAGCUUGUUAUCAUCGUUAUCAUGGUCCGUGGAAGGCACAGAGGUCUCCCUCUCGCAGUCGACCGCGCCGUGCUUCUGCCGACUGAACUGAAUCGCUCGAAACAGGUGCCUAAUGGUGAUACGAACCACUCACCGGCACCACCGCAGACCGGAGAUCAGCCCAUACCCACACCCACGGAUGCGCCAGCAUCAGGCGCGAAGCCACUUGUUGACACUGUCGCGGCUUAA